AUGGGAAAACGUUCUUCAGUACUUUCAAUAAAAAUUCCUGAAAACCGAUAUUUCUUUAAUCCAAUGUCAAAGAUAUUUGAAAAAGAAUUGGAUAGAUCAAGGGAGGAGUUUAAUCAAUUUAAUAAAGAUUUAGAUGAGAUAGCAAAUUCAAUGGAGAAAUUAUAUGAAGACUCUCCUGAAUGGUUUACCACCAAUAUACAGGAAAUAAAAAAGAAACAAGACAAGAUCAUGGAAAAUGAGAUGAGCUUGGCAAAAUUAAAAACAUUUCAAGAUGAAGCUCACGAAGAUAUAAAUAAUGAUUUGAAGAAAAUUCAAGAUCAAAUAUACGAGCUUUUAGAAAAACAUCGUAUAGCUCGUUCAAACAUAUCCAAUCUUAGUGAUAAUCAAUCAAGAACAUCUGAACAAUUAGACAUUAUGUUACAAGCUAUACAUGAAUAUGCUCGAUUAAUAGAGGAAGCAAGCUUAACAAUCAAAACACAUUUCGAUGAUGUUGGAUCAACAAUAGAUUAUGGAUCAUAUGAAACAUUAGAUUUAUCACCGUUUCAAAACCCACCUUUAACAGAACCACCACAAACACCAGAUGUAGCUUCUACCACACCAACAAGUGUAGGCGUUAAUUCACCUACAAAUCUCCCAACAACACAAGGUAGAGGAGGUUGUACGGGAGAUGAAGAAGAGAAUAAAAAUCAAGAAACAGAACAGGAAAAGGAUCAACAGCAGCCAAUUCAUCCAUUACCACGCUAUCAAAUUAAACAUCAAAAACUUUUGCUUAUGAGCAUGCGUAGAGCAGCUGUUGGGUUAAAAUUUUUGUUGUAUGCUAAUCAAUUGAAUGAUUACAAAAAUGGAUUUCCAGAUGGUGAAUGUGAUGUAGAUUUAGAUUUUAAUGAGGAUUCAUCUACCACUGAAGAAGUGAUACAACAAUAA